UCCGGAGCGGGACCGGAAGCCGCGUUCCAACAGGUUCCAACUCAGCCUAGUAAGCUCGUUCCGCGACUUGUACUAUUUGUUUCUCUAUCAAGUGUAUCGAUAUCCUUGCAUCUCCGCUGUACACUAACCCUCAUCAUGUCCAUAUCGUCCGGACCCUCGUCUUUAACAUUGGAACCACCGUCGGGAGCGAAUCCGCUUUGGAAACUCGCUGAAAAGAACGGGUUUUCGGAAGAGGAAGCUGGGGAAGAGGAGGAAGAAGAGGAGAUUGACCAGCUGGCAUCGGAAGAAGAUCAGGAAGAAGAGGAUAUCACUCAGGAAGCUGCCUCCGGAAGUGCCCCAAGGCAUUACCGCCGUGCUCCAGGAACAACUUUGCUGCCUGGAGUGAAAAUUGAAAAUAUUCUACAAGCAGAUGGGGUUAUGGGGAAUCUCUCGGUAUCUAAGGAAGGCUUACACGUCUUGUCGAUUGCUACGGAAGAAUUCAUCAAAAGGCUUACACAAGGUGGCCAUAGACAGGCCAACUCUGCUAGAAGGAGCGCGAUUAACUAUCGCGACAUGGCUGACACUACGCGACAAUACCAAGAAUUCAUGUUCCUUCAAGAUAUCAUACCAUACCCUGUCCCACUUUCCGAAGCUCUUGAACUCCGAGAAGCGGCUCUGAAAGAUUCGUCGUUCAAUGACGCGGCUCCAAUGCCGUUUCCGAGAUCCGCUUCAGCACCUAACCCGACAAAGGCCUCUUCUUUCAAACCAAAACCCAAACAUUCUGCUGUCAACGGAAAAGAAAAGAUCAAUGGUAGUACGAGCGGUCGGAAAGAACUUAAUACAAGCGUAAGCAUGGUUAAUGGCAAUAAUCGGGGUGGACAAGUCUUGAGCUGGGAAGGGCCCUCAUCCGGGUCCAACGUCCUCGACGCUCGCCCCUGGACACAUUGGACAGAACCAAUCACGCAUGAAACAGUCCAUCAGAACCCGCUACAAGCAGAACAUGAAAUAGGCAAUCCACACGGUGUAAAUUCAACCUCUACGAAUAGUAGUAGCAUCUCUCCACAACCUUCCGCGUCUGCUGUGCCUCUUGUAGAAACACCGUUCCAGAGUGCGUUCACUGGACCUGCGAGUGGUUUUUUGCAGGGACCUGCACAUGUUCCCGGACGCACGAUAUACGCUCAGGAGUCGCCAGAUUAACUUCGUUAUGGACGUAUUAUUGCAUUUACUUUAAUAGUAUCUUGAUGGCUAGUUCCUGCUAGUUCAGUUUCUGAUUUCCCAAUUUGAAACCCGAG